AAGAAAUGCUCAUCAACAAGAAUAAUCUCUCCACUCUUCUUCUCCUUUAUUGUUGACUUUGGAAUUUGAGUGAGUGUGUGUUAGUUGAAUUGGUUUAAUUAGAAGCAAGAAAGAAAAACAAGAAUGCAGGAUCCUGUUUUAGCUAAAAGUUUUAGUCGAAAUGAACGAAAGAGAUUUGGGUAUGGCGGUUUAGUUCUGAUUGUGAUCAUCAUUUUGAGCAGCUGCAUGGUUUUCAAGCCUCAUCUUCAUCCACUCUUCAUGAUAGGGGAAGUCAUGAACCUGCAAUUAUCCAUCACUGCAACGCAGGACUUGCUUGUCCUCAACGACACAACAUUUCCCCGCGCCAUGGCAAAGGAAGAAAAGGAGGUGAAGCCAAUCUGCAACGUGUUGGAAGCUAGGUCCGAUUAUUGCGAGAUGAAAGGGGACAUAAGAGUGGUGGGAAAUUCAUCAACAAUAUUCCUCGUCACGCAUCAUGAUCUAAACAACAACAACAUAAGCCGCCGCAAUUCUUGGAGCCUUAAGCCAUAUCCAAGAAAAGACAGCGCCGCCGCAAUGGCGCAGGUCAAGAACUGGACAGUAAAAUUGGUCCAAGAAACCUCAGAAAUCCCCAAAUGCGGCGUUUUCCAUGGCUACCCCGCGGUUCUGUUCUCCCAGGGAGGCUUCUCCGGCAACCAUUUCCACGAUUUCACCGAUCUUUUAAUCCCAAUAUUCGCCGCGUCGCAGCAUUUCAACGGCGAGGUCCAUUUUCUGGCGACAGAUUUCCGGAAAUGGUGGACAGGCAAGUACAGGAUGGUGUUGGGCCGCCUGUCGAAACACCAGGUUACGGAUAUUGAUAAAGACCACGUUGUCCACUGUUUUCCUAGUAUGACUGUCGGCCUAAAAUCCCACACUAAUAAGGAAUUAGGCAUAGACUCCUCAAAGUUCCCAAACAAAGUCUCCAUGAAACACUUCAAACAUUUCCUCAGAGCCACAUUUUCCUUGCCAAGAACCCAAGCCAUCAGACUGGGCGCAGGCAGCCCCAAAAGGCCUAGAUUGAUGAUAAUAUCGAGGAACAAAACGCGGGUGGUGAUGAACGAGGCCGAAGUCAUAGAAAUGGCAGAGAAAGUAGGGUACAAAGUGGUGAAAGCCGAGGCGAGCAUUUCAACCAAUCUGUCAAGAUUUGCAGGGGUGGUGAAUUCCUGUGAUGUCCUAAUGGGGGUGCAUGGAGCAGGGCUAACAAACAUGGUGUUCUUGCCCGAUAACGGCGUCGUGAUUCAGGUGAUCCCAUUGGGGGAAAUAGAUGGAUUUGGGAGGAGGGAUUUUGGGUACCCUUCUAGAGAUUUGAAUGUGAAGUAUUUGGAGUAUAAGAUUGGGGUGAAUGAGAGUUCUUUGGUGGAUAGUUAUCCACUUGAUCAUGCUGUGUUUAAGGAUCCAAAGUCCAUUCAUAGGAAGGGAUGGAUGGCACUUAGAUCAAUUUACUUGGACCAACAGAAUGUGAGGAUUGAUGUUAACAGGUUUAGAGACACUUUAAUUCAAGCUCUUACACUUCUGCAACAUUAGAUCUGAUCUUAGGUCCAUUGGAAGUACAUAUUUUUAUCAUAGUGACAUAAUUGUAAUAAUGCUCCUUUAUCCUCUUUCAAUUCUCUUAUUAUAUAAAAUAAACUAGAGUUUCAUCAUCCAUUUGGAGGCAUCAAGAGCUUGUUAAAAUGAGAUUGGAGGUUUCUGCAGGCUGGUUCAAUAUGUUUAUAGGGAAGCAAAAGGCUAUUUAGAUGACCAUAUCCGCAUUUUGUCUUUAUUUGUUUGAUAUCCUUCGAAUAAUGGUAUUCCUAUGUGUUAUA